GCAGUGGGUUUGGUCAUGAAGGCGAGUGAUAAUCGACUGAGUGACCGACUAAUGUAUGUCUUCGAUUCAGUGAUGUCUCUGUUUGGAAAAAACAUGGAGAAAAACAUUGUAGCUCUGAUCACACACUCAGAUGGAAGCAGACCUGAAAAUGUUCUUGAAGCUCUUAAAGUUGCAGCAAUUAAAUGUGCCAAAAAUGAGAAGACUGAGCCUGUUCACUUCCUGUUUAAUAACUCACAGUAUGAAGACCAAACAGAAGAAAAUACGUCUUCAAAGCAUUCAUGGGAACUUACACAGGAAAACAUGAAUCAGUUGACAGACUUCUUGGGAAAAUCGAAUCCUCAAAAACUGAUGACAACAGUUGAAGUGUUAAAUGAAAGAAUCAGACUGAAAGCCUGCAUCCAAAACCUGCAAGACAGAAUCAAGUAUAUUCAACUGAAACAGACAGAAAUCAGACAGAUUCAAGAAGCUCUGAAGAAACAUGAAGAAAAACAAAGAGAAGAAAAGAAAAAGCUUGAAGAAGCUAAAAAAAUCCAUGAAACUCUGAAGAGCCAAGGAGAACAGAAACGUGAAGAAGCUCUAAAAAUGCAACAAAGUAUAAAGGAACAUGAAGAAAAGAUGAAGAGGAAUGAGAAGUUCACUGUAGAAGUUGAUAAGCCCUACAAAGUGAAAGACCCCAUUGAUGGUGGGAUGAGAUUGUUGUUUUUUUAUGCAGCAGCUGUCUGCUGUACAGCCUGUGAGGAGAACUGUCACUAUCCUGGAUGCACAAUGGCCUGGAAACCUAAACACUGUGAGGUCAUGAAAAGAGGUCUCUGCACUGUUUGUACCAACAAGUGUCCUGCAUCAGAUCAUGUGAAAGAAAAGUAGAGAUAUGAGACCAAGACAAGGAGAGUAACGAAGACUGAUGAAGAAAUGAAAAAGCAGUAUGAAAAGAAUGUGUCAGAACGUGAGAUGAAAGCCAGACAGUUAAAAACUCUUACAGAAGAAGUGAAUGAAACAAUGAAAACAGUAGCUGUUUUAUCACAGA